UACACUUCAACUCAAUUAUUUCUACAAUUUGUAAUUUUUUGGAGGGAAAACAAUUAAUGCGUUUACUGCCCUAACGGGUAACCACUACCCGGCCAUGUUAGUUCAGGUUGAUCAGUGGGCCUAUCAUAAAAAAUACAAGGAGCACAGCCUAGACACGUAUACACGGCUCCUUUAUACAAAGGCUACAAGACUUUAAAUGUUCUUUAGGCUGUAUAACUAUUCUCUCUAAUUAGCAGAUUAAGCAUGCCAUGGAAGAAAUCUAUUAAGCUUAUAUUAGAAGUAUAUAAUACUCCCCUCCCCCCACACUUCCUUUCCAGAUUAACUGCCUGAAGAAGGAAAUUAAUUAAAAUGGACACAAAAAACAAGUCUCAAAUCCUAAACCUUCUUCUUAUAACGACUCUUCUCAUCAUUGCCCCGCUCUUAUCAUCAUCGUCAUUAAGGAUCUCUUGUCUCUACUUUGUGGUCAAUCUUCUCCUCAUUUAUCUUGGUGCUGAAGCUGGCCUCCUCUCCUUGCCCAAGGAAACUACACAUCAUGAAGACGAACAGAAUCAUUCCACCAAAAACCCACGACUCAUCAUCACUACUAGUUUGCAGCAGGUGGCGGAUAGUGUUCCUGACCAAAAGAGUGACCAAGAAACAAUCAUUGUUGAAGAGGUAAAGAAAGUAGUAGAUGAGAAAUGUGGUUCUGAAAAGCUAAAGUUUGUUGGGAGUAUUAUUAAUGGAGAUAAGAGUAGUUCAAGGAAAUGCUCAUCAUCAAUACCAAACUUGUUUUUCGUUGGUGGUUGCGGGGAUCAGGUGGCUGCUGAAGAAGGCGAUGAAGGUGGCUUUGUGGAAGAAGAAGAAGAAGACAAACAAGUAGGAGAGCUUAGUGGGCAAGAGUUAUUUCAUAAAGCUGAGACAUUCAUUAUGGAUUUCUACAAACAGUUGAAGAUGCAGAGGGAGGAGUCUUACUUGGAGUAGCUAGCUAGGCUUACUUCAAGCUACAUAUAUACACCUUUUUCAUGUCUCUACAAAUAAAAAGGGAGAACAGUAUUAUGAAUCAGAACCCGAUACACUCAAAUAGAACCAACAUUUUUUCACUUAAAAAAAGUUGAAGCUGUUUUUGUUCUCUUAAACGGAUUCAAGAAAUCAUUUUUUGAGAAUAAAAACAUAUUUGAUCCUGCAGGACUUGGUUUAUGUUAUAGUUCUGUUUUAGGUACUUUGUUCGCAGACUAUACGAAGUCACAAUCAAACAGAUUGGAUCUCAAACUUAACACAUGCAAUCAAAGCAAUAAGAAAAGUAAAAGACACACGAUAUGUUGACGCAGUUCGGAAGAAAACCUUCCUAAUCUGCGGGGUUUCAAGAGGGGAAACCCGGUCCCAAAUUCCACUAGCUCAGAUAUACAAUAGUUCACAAUCAAAAUGGUUGCAAAGCAAUCAAGAUUCAGUACAUGCAAUCGGUCAGAGAUAUCACUCACGAAACAAAUAAAAGAAAGAGUUCAGAGUUAACCGAAUGAAACCCUAAGGCUUCAGAAGAUAACUGCCGCGCUCCAGUUCAAGACCUCGUAUCAAGUUCUCCUCUGUUUCCUCCGAUUUCCAGGAAUCCUCCUCUUUCUCUCACCGUUCUUGUUAAGAUCAGGCUCUCGCGCAGAAAACCAGCAGCGGAACAAUGCUUUCUCACUCUAGAACUCAAGGUUCUCAGCCUCUCUUUCUCUGUCUAGGGUUUUGAUUAUG